CAUGUCACGUGAUACUUGUGUCAGCUGUGCGGAACAAGGUGAAAAUGGCGAUAUUCAGUGUGUAUGUUGUCAAUAAGGCAGGAGGACUAAUUUACCAAUAUGACAACUAUGUACCGAGAGCAGAGGCAGAAAAAACAUUUAGUUAUCCUUUAGAUUUGGUGCUGAAGAUCCACGACGAGAAAGUUAUAGUAUCAUUCGGCCAACGUGAUGGUAUCAGAGUGGGUCAUGCAGUCCUAUCUAUCAAUGGAGUGGACGUCAAUGGCAAGUUUACGUCGGAAGGCAAGGAGAUAAUCGAAUAUUUGAAAGACUCAGCAAAUUAUCCAGUGUCCAUUCGAUUUGGAAGAGCCCGUUUGAGUUCGAAUGAAAAACUGAUGCUGGCUUCAAUGUUUCAUUCGUUGUUUGCGAUCGGAUCACAGCUGUCUCCUGAGGUCGGUAGUUCUGGGAUUGAGAUGCUGGAAACCGACGUAUUUAAACUCCACUGCUUUCAGACACUUACAGGUAUAAAGUUCAUAGUGCUUGCAGACCCCCGACAGUCCGGCAUUGAUGCACUUCUGCGGAAGAUUUAUGAGAUCUAUUCAGACUUUGCUCUUAAGAACCCGUUUUAUUCUCUGGAGAUGCCGAUCAGGUGUGAAUUGUUUGAUCAGAACUUGAAGAGCGCUUUGGAGGUUGCAGAAAAGGCUGGUAACUUUGGAACAGGAUCAUGAAUUUCAAGCAGUCUGAGUUGAACUGAAUUGUUUGUAAUGAAAAUCUGCGAUAUUGUAGAGGUGCAUACCGUGAGUGAUCCUGGGAUACUUGUACAUAUUUAAAUGUUUGCCUUUGUACAUACUAAAUAACUAAUAAACACAAUUGUAUCAUG